CAUCUCAGUUUGUCUUACAGCCGGCCUGCUAUGGCAGAAGUUGCAAAUGUCUUCCUGCAAGAUGAAGUGGAGAUAUUGCCCUCUGGCGUUUCUUCCCCACCAUGCAGCUAAGGCUGCCACUGAUCCAGGCAAAGCUGGACGUGUUUUGGGGGGCCCUGAGCCAGGGGGUGCAGGAGUGUGAGAGGAACCCCCCAAAUCAUUGCAAUCGGCCUCAAAAUUGCCCCAGAGGAGGCAAACGCUCCAGCUGCAGCAGGGCCUGCACCUCCUCUUUGCCCCCACCAGGAGGUGCCGUGUGGAACUGUGCUCUGUGAAGGAGCAGGUGAUUGCAUCAGUAUGGGCCAGUAUAAACCAAUACAGACCAGCAUGGACCAGUACAGACCAGUAACCCCUCACUGCCUUUCCAGUGCAAACCAGUACAGACCAGUAACCCGCUAGGAACCCUCCUGUAAUCCCCCAGUGUUCUUCCAUUGCUCCCACUACAGACCAGUGACGUCCCAGUAUAUCCCAGUAUAACCUGGUUCCCACCCAGUCCAUCCCAUCCCUCCCACUAUCCACCAGUCCCCUCCUAGUCCCUCCCAGUAUAAACCAAUCCCUCCCAGUUUGUCCGUGUUCCUUCCCAGUAUAACCCAUCCCCUCUCCAUAUAAACCAGUCCCUUCCAGUGUAAACCAGUCCCUUCCAGUUUAUCCCAGACGCCUCCUAGUUUGUCCCAGUUGCCCCCAGUAAUCCCAAACUCCAAACCAGUUUAAACCAGUAACCCCAAAUCCCUUUCCAGUCCCUCCCAGUCACUCUCAGUUUUCUCCCAGUACAAACCAGUGCCUCUCAGUUCAUCCCAGUAACCACCAAUUACCGCCAGAUGGAGUUCCAUCUCAGUCCCUUCCAGUCCCCUCCCAGUAUAUCCCAGUAUAACCCAGUUCCAUCCCAGUAUAAACUACUUCUCUCCUAAUCCCUCCCAGUUCAUCCCAGUCCAUCCCAGUCCCCUCCCAGUAUAUCCCAGUAUAGCGAGUCCCUCCCAGUCUGAUUGGCUGCAGGUUGUGGGCUUGGCCUCUCCCAUACUGGAGGAGGAAGAGGAAGAUGAGAAGGCGGAGGAAGAAGAGGAGGAGCAGGGGGAGCAGAAGGAAGAAGAGGAAGAGGAGGAGCAGAAGGAGGAGGAAAAGCCUCUCUACCCCCUCUCACUGCAACCACAGCGAGGGCCCAUCUGUGGCCCCAAGGCCCCUUCUCCACAGUGGAAAAUGGGCCAGGAGCUGGGGGCCAAGCAGGUGGAGGGAGGGGUGGGGCUUGAAGGGGGAGGGGCCUAAGGAGAGGAAGAGGGGUUUAAAAAAGGGGAAGAGAUUAAGGAGUGGGGCGGGGCUUAGUGGGGCAGGGCCUGAGGGGGAGUGGCCUGGGGUUGAGGUGGGGCUUAGGAAACUGCAGAGUGGGGGAGGGGGCAUAUAGGAGGAGGGCUCUGAGGUGUGAGGGAGGGGCCUGAAAGGGAGGGGCUCAAAGAAAGUGGGAGGGCUCAAAGAGUGGUAAAGGGAUGGGACCUGAGGAGGAGGGUCCUAAAGUGAGGGAAGGCUCAAAGAGUGGGGGAGGGGAAGGGCUUAAACUGAGGGGGAGGAGCCUGAGGAAAGGGACGGGCUUAGAGAAAAGGGGAGGGGUUUGGAGAGUGGGGGAGGGGCUGGAGGAAGGGUCUGAGGGCUGGGGGAGGGUCUUGGAGAGGGAAGGGGCCUGAGGUGUGGGGAGGGGGCUUAGAGGGGGGAUGGGCUUGGGGAAGGGAGAGGGGCUUGAUGGUUGGGAAGGGGGAGAGACUCAGAGAGUGGGGGAGGAGCUUAGGGAAGAACUUGAGGGAUAGGGAAGGGGCUUGAACAGGUGGGGACAGUCCCACCGAUGGUGGGUGUGGUUCUCAGGGGUUGAUGGGCAUGUCCAAAUCCCCACCCCCACCCUCCCCCUUUCCUACCCAUCUCCACCAGGGGGCACUGCUGUCCCGAGCGACUAUCUUGAAAAAGAUGCUCAGCUCAGGGGCGCUGUGCGCGAGGCCAGAGGCCAGUGCCGGAGCCCAAGGGGUGGGGCCUGGAGCCCAAGCCACCCCUCCCCCGUUCCAAGGACUUGUGUUUGGCCUUUGCAAACCUUCUCCCCCACCUGUGAUUCGUGGCUGGAUCCUUCCAAUGAAUCUGGAUGUGGUCCAGUCUCCAGGGUGUCAUCCACCAAUGAUGAACAGGGUGAGGGGCCAGGCGAGGCGGGUGGCGGCUGGGGUGUGGGGAAGAAGGAUGAGACACCUUCAGGGAAGAGGGAACCACAGAAUAUGGAGGUAUUAAGGGAAAGGGAAUUGGAGGGAAUUUUAGGGUGUGGAUCUGAAACAGGGGAUUUAAGGGUUACAUAGAAUGAAGAGUAUAACAUAUAUAGUACCAGUCACUGUGUGCUUAUAAGGAAAGGAAUGCACGAUGUAUAACAUAUAGUAUCAGUCACUGUGUGCUUAAAUAGGGAAAGGAAUGCACGAUAAGAGACCCCUGAAGUAUAGGAAAGUGUCCCUCUCCAUAAAAGUGCAAAGUCUGCGACCAAGAGACUACAAGCACAUGCGUGGAAAGACAAGGUGAAAAGUUCAACGAGUGAGGAAGACUUUUACUUCAUCGUUUUCUGCCCACAGACUCAUUUGAAGACCACCGACUCAAUAAACUACGCAGCCGCAAUGAAUAUGCAGCUAAUUUCCAUACGAAGCGGGGAAACAGGCGGGGCAGAUAAUCAAUAUGUAUAGGCAAUUUAGAAUAUGCAUGUACUUCCUAGAUAAAUAGAAGGUUAGAAGCAUGUAAGGUACGCAGGAUUUGGGAGGAUGCUCUCCCCCUGGGUCCAGCGCUGAAUAAAAUACGUACCUACUCCACAACUUUACGGGUUGUGAAGUCUAUUUUCCGCGCUUCAUUUGGCACCCCAGAUGGGACCUUCCUGUCUGUCUGCAGGAAUGAGCUGAGGGCCGGACGACUCCACGGCGCACCCCGGGAUUUCCUGGAGGAGACCCCGACCCCGGCUCGCUUACUGCAGCGACAGAAAGGACCACUGGCUGGCGGAUGAAACGUCUUUUACAGAAAAAACCCUCGAACCACACUGGGAAGGACCAUUCCAGGUGCUACUCACUACUUUCACUGCAAUUAAGAUCAAGGAACAGAGCGCUUGGAUCCACCAUUCUCGGGUGAAGAAAGCUCCAGAAGCUCCUUGGAAAGUAAUAUCUGGUGAUAACGGACUAAAGCUCAAGUUUAGACGAACAAAAUGAGCAUAUUACAGUUAGGGGUGUUUGGUGAUUCAGGACGUAGAAAUUUAAUUGUUUUGUUUGUAAAUAUAAUUAUAUUCCAAGAAUUGAAAAGUACCUUUAGCCAGAGCAAUGUUGAAUGGCCUUGGUCCCAGGCUUUUGUUAAGUCUACCGGAUAUAUGGGGAAGGUACAAAAUUUGAACUUGUCAACUGUAGUCAUGCAUGGAAACCAGGUAUAUGAAAAGCAAGAAUGGCAGAAACAAGGGUUGUGGUCACUUCAAGGGACUGUAGGAGAGACCAUCAGAAUAGGAUGUCGAAUGAUUAAUGGAACUACCCAUGAGAAACCAGCUCAAAUUAGUGUGUCAUCUCCCCCUGCAAAUGGACAUAAUGAGAUUUGUAACCAACGCAGUGAGCCAGAUUGUUGGUAUAAUUUUACAUUAGAUAGGACUGUUGAGGUGGUAUGCCUUUGGUCUCAUAGAGGUCUUGGGCUCUCAUUUAAAUUUAGAAUAAAUGCCAUAAUCGAACCUGUUCAGAUUCAGACUCAGAGUACGCCACUUGAACUUAAACUUAUGAUUUAUGAGGUAGGCCCAUAUAUAGUGAGAAAUACAGGACAACAGCAAUUAUUAUUCAACCCAGAAUGGUCUCUCAAGCGUGUUGAAUUGCUAAUACAAACCAAUAUUUCAGAGAUUCAACCAGCCUGUUCCUCCUUCCUAAAACCAUCCCUAGAAGGGUGGACAACAUGGUUACAGAAGCAAGUACACUUUAGGGAUAAGAUGCGAAGAGAUUUAACGGGAAUGUUUGGAACAGGAUUAGGAGUAUUGAAUGGCAUUGACUCUGAAAUACUAGCAAAUAAGCUAGCAACUGCAACAAAUGAUUUGACAAAACUGGGACAACCUCUACAAUCAUCUUUAUUGGCAUUAGGAAAUAGUCAGUGGCAGGUUUCAAAGGUGUUACCGAACUGGGCAAAGACUGAGGACCAGGACCAUAAGUUAAUAAUAGACGCACUUAGCACGGUUCAAGAUAAUGUGUCUUUAGCUUUCAGUUGUGUACAAGCACAGUUAUGGAUCCAAUCCACAGCUGCCUUGGCCAUAAGAGAAGGGAGUGAAGGCACUUUUCCAAUUGAGGUCCGAAAAGUUGUUUGGGACAAUGCUAAUGAUUUUGAAAGAAAAUUCCAAUCCUGGUGGACUCUAGUAAAUUUCACCUAUGAUCCUGUUACUAAUAUGGCCACUACCUUCGUGCUUACCAUACGUAAUGCCACAGUUUAUGCUAUUCAUCCCAUCAUUGCAUUGGGACUCAAUCAUGAGGGGAUGGUGUUGUAUCCCUCAGAGCAUAGGGCGUGGGCCCGGACAGUAAAUGGGAAAUGGCAAACUGUGAAUGUAGAAUCUUGUGUUACUCGAGAACAACAAGGGUUUAUCUGUUAAAGCAAUACAAUUGAUGCUCAAGACGUAUGCCUUGACACCGAGCAAGGUGUAUGCCACUUUGAAAUUCAUCCAGAUGCUGAUCAAAAGACUAUGCUUAUAUAUACUGGUCAAGGAUGUGUAUGUUUAAGAACCACUUGUGUUUUUGUGAACAUAGACAAUGAGAAUGUAACUCUUCCUGUUAAGAAUAACUCUAAUUUCUGUAUUUGUAAUUUCAUUAAAAUUAUGGGAUGUGAUUUUUCAUAUUCAUCACCAGUUACAUCCCACCAGCUGAUAAGGUCUAACUACACGACAUACCACAAACUAUCACCUACGCCCAUUGGAAUGAACCUUACAUUGGUAAAGCAACUGGUAAAACAUCAAGACUUAGCAAAAAUUUUGGAAGAAAUCAAAGAGAGCGGGCAAAAGACUUUAGUCACUGUUCACCAUGAUGUCCAAGAAAUAAAUAGAGUCUUACAAAGGGUUAAGCAGGAUGCAAGCCACAAUUGGUGGGAUGCCCUUUUCGGGUGGUCCCCAACUGCAACUGGAAUUGUGAAUACAUUAUGUCACCCAGUAAUUGUGUUAUUGGUUUUAGUUAGUCUAAGCUUACUGCUGUCUUUUGUACUAUUUAUUUGGAAUUGGAAGAUGCUACAACGGAUGGCAAUACUAACUUCAUUGUCGAGAGUACAUGGUAAGGCAUUAAGAGAUACAUAUCUUAAGGAUGGAGAAAGAGAAAUCUUGUAUUAAGUAAAAGAAUUUACUAAUUUUCUAGAAAAGGGGGGACUGAAACCGGGGAUUUAAGGGUUACAUAGAAUGAAGAGUAUAACAUAUAUAGUACCAGUCACUGUGUGCUUAUAAGGAAAGGAAUGCACGAUGUAUAACAUAUAGUAUCAGUCACUGUGUGCUUAAAUAGGGAAAGGAAUGCACGAUAAGAGACCCCUGAAGUAUAGGAAAGUGUCCCUCUCCA